AUGCCGCCGAAGUCCACGCCAGCACUGCUGCUCGGGCUGGCCCUGCUCGUCCUCCUGCAUCCGGCCCACUCGGCGGGCUACCCCCGGCCGGUGCACGACGACUCGCUGCCGCUGAUCUUCAACCUGUCGGACCCGGGCGGGGUGCUGAACUUCCACCGGGCGGAGUCGCUGCUCUCCCGGAUCCUGGUCCCGCGGCCGGUGGAGAGCGGCAACCUGAGCGACUGCCGGGCCCUGUUCGCCGCCCACUUCCGCACCCUCCAGGCCGUCUUCGCCGUCCCGCCCGCCGCCAACCUCUUCGCCAAUGCCCGCUCCCCGCCCGCUUACUCCCCCGUCCCCCUCACCGAGAUCCGCUCCUGGGCCCUCGACGCGCACCGGUUCCAGACCCAGACCCCCCUCGGCCUCAAGACCUUCGAGAACCAGGUGUUCACCCACGACCCCUCCGCCCCCAGAAGACUCGUCCUCGCCGCCCACAUCGACUCCAAGUUCUUCCCCACCCCGCCCCACAGCCUCUUCGUCGGCGCAACCGACAGCGCCGCCCCCGUCGCCAUCAUCCUCCAGCUCGCGCAAGCCCUCACCCCCCUCCUCGACAGGAAACUCCGCCACGAUCUUGCCUCCCCCGCCGCUGCCGCCGAACGCAUCACCCUCCAGGUCGUCCUCCUCGACGGCGAAGAAGCCUUCCAGGAAUGGUCCGACUCCGACUCGCUGUAUGGUGCAAGAGCAUUAGCCUCCAAAUGGGCCGAGCCCCUCCGCACGCCAACGGCGACGAUGAAGAAGCUGCGCUCGCUCGACCAGAUCGACAGCUUCAUCCUCUACGAUCUCCUGGGCAGUCCGCAGCCGCAGAUCCACCACUUCUUUGAGGACACGGCCUGGCUCUUCGACGCCUUCGUGAGCGCCGAGGCCCGGCUCGUCCACGCCUCCCUCUUCGCCCGCUUCCCCUCUCUGCCCUCCGUGGCCAGCCAUCUGCCCGCGAACUCGCUCCAGAGACUCCGCGCCCGCAGCCCGUUCUUCGUCAAGCGACUGCCCGGCCAACCCGUCGCCUUCGGAUCCAUAGAAGACGAUCAUCUGCCGUUCCUCAAGCAAGGCGUCCCCGUCCUCCAUCUCAUCGCCGCGCCCUUCCCCCAAGUCUGGCACACCAUCCACGACGACCGCUCGGCGCUUGACCUGCAGACGAUCCUCGAAUGGUCCCUGAUCUCCCAGGUCGUCCUCGUCCAAUACCUCGGCCUCGAGCCCUUCCUCGACGGCUACCGCUCCGCGCGCCGUGAUGAACUGUGA